AUGGAAAAUCUCUACAAUGAAAAUGAAGGAGCGCCUUCACACCACGAAAUGAUGGAAAAUGAGGAACAGCCACAGCAUGAAGGAAAGCCAGAAAAUCUGGAAAAUAAGGAUUUAGAAAAUGAAGGAAAGAUAGAAAACAAAGGACAGACAGAUGAUGAAGAAGUAAAGAAUAAAGAAAAAUCAGAGAAUGAGGGAAAGGCAAAAGAAGAAGGAAAGCCAGAGAGUGAGGGAAAGUCAGAGAGUGAGGGAAAGUCAGAAAGUCAGGGAAAGCCAGAGGCAGAAAAUCCAGAGAGUGUGGGAAAGCAGGAGCAGGAGAGAGAACCAGAGAGUGAGGGAGAGCCAGACAGUGAGGAAGAGCCAGAGAGUGCAACAAGGGCUGCAAGAAAGCGCCCAGCUGAGGAUGAUGUACCCAGGAAAGCCAAAAGAAAAACCAACAAGGGGCUGGCUCAGUACCUUAAGCAGUAUAAAGAGGCUAUCCAUGAUAUGAAUUUCAGCAAUGAGGACAUGAUAAGAGAAUUUGACAAUAUGGCUAGGGUGGAGGAGAAAAGGAGAAAAAGCAAACAGAAGUUAGGGGCAUUUUUAUGGAUGCAAAGAAAUUUACAAGACCCUUUCUAUCCGAGGGGCCCAAGGGAAUUCAGGGGUGGCUGUAGGGCCCCACGAAGGGAUACUGAAGACAUCCCUUAUGUUUAGGGCCCUUGCAGGCAUUUACCAGGCUCUAUGCUUUAACCUUAUGCUACUAUUUUCCUUUAGGCGCCCCUCUUAUUACCAAUAACCUUUUAA